AUGGCUCCUGAUCUCAACUCUCUCCCCACCUCCAAUGGGGAGACCUCUACUGCUCCUGCUCCUCAGCUCGUUUCAGAGACGGACAGACCAAACAUCCUCUUCAUCAUGGCCGAUCAAUUGGCUGCUCCUCAACUCAAGAUGUACAACCCCAACUCCCAGAUCAAGACACCAAACCUCGAUCGUCUUGCCUCAACCUCAGUCCAGUUUGACUCUGCCUACUGCCCUUCACCUCUCUGUGCCCCAUCACGCAUGAGUCUGAUCAGUGGUCAACUUCCCAUGAAAAUCGGUGCUUAUGAUAAUGCUGCCCAGAUUGGAUCCGAUGUGCCAACCUACGCUCAUUACCUUCGCUCCAAGGGCUACCAUACCUCUCUUGCUGGCAAGAUGCACUUCAUCGGCGACCAACUUCACGGCUACGAGCAACGACUUACUAGUGAUAUUUACCCUGGUGACUUUGGCUGGGCUGUGAACUGGGAUGAGCCUGACACCCGUCUUGAGUGGUACCACAAUGCCAGCUCUAUCCUUCAGGCCGGUCCUUGCGGACGAAGCAACCAGCUGGACUACGAUGAGGAGGUCAUGUUCAGGAGCACUCAGUAUCUUUGGGAUCACGUCCGAGAGGGCCCCAAAAAGCGACCUUUCGCCCUUACCGUUUCCCUCACUCACCCUCACGACCCUUACACCAUUACAAAGAAGUACUGGAACAUGUAUGAGGAUGUGGAUAUUAACCUCCCUGAAGUCAAGAUGAACAAGGAAGAUCUUGAUGCUCACAGCAAGAGACUUCUCAAGGUCUGUGACCUUUGGGACCAAGAUUUUACGGAGGAACAGAUUAAGCGAGCCAAACGAGCAUACUAUGGCUCAGUCAGCUAUGUCGACGACUGUAUUGGGCGUCUUCUCGAAACCCUCGAGGACGCUGGCCUGGCUGAUAACACCAUUGUCAUUUUCAGCGGCGACCAUGGCGACAUGCUGGGUGAGCGCGGACUUUGGUACAAGAUGAGCUACUUUGAGUCAUCCGUCCGCGUCCCCAUGUUGAUCAACUACCCCAAGCGAUUCACUCCUCACCGUGUCACUCAAAACGUCUCAACCCUCGACCUUCUUCCUACCAUCUGCGAUUUGGUCGGAACUAAGCCAUCCCCUCAUCUCCCCAUGGACGGAAUCAGCAUGUUGCCUCACCUUGAAGGCCGCGAAGGCCACGACACGGUCAUUGCCGAAUACACAGGCGAGGGUACUGUUCGCCCAAUGAUGAUGAUUCGACGAGGCGAAUGGAAGUACAUCACCUGCCCAGCUGAUGAGCCUCAACUCUACAAUCUUGCCCGCGACCCUAAGGAGUUGGACAACCUUGCCAAGUUCAGAAAGAUUGCGCCUCAAACAGCCGAGGAGGAGGAGGCCAAGGAGGCUUUCCACAAGUUCGACGCUGAGGCCCACGUUCGAUGGGACUUUGAUGCCAUUACCGAAAAGGUGUUGCUCUCUCAGCGUACGCGGCGAGUUGUGUGGGAUGCCCUGAAGGAGGGCGAGUUUACAAGCUGGGACCACAACCCAGAAGACGAUGGCAGGAAGAAGUACAUUCGCUCCUACAUGGAUCUCGACGAUCUUGAGCGCCGAGCUCGCUUCCCAGUUGUUGAUGCCAACGGAUAUGAAAGUAAGGCCGUAUCACACGUCCGUAACGGCUAA